AAGAAAGAAAAAAAAAAGUUAACUUAGAAAAAGAAGUUUCUUUCUUUGAUCCAGGAUUCCUUAAUAGUCACUGGUGUUGAUCAGACAUUUAGAAAGAGAAAGUGAGUUUUUUUGAAUUAGAGACGAAGCUAAAGAAGCAACAAGCAUUAAAUGUGAUGAGAUUUUUCAUGUGUGGGGUUCGUUUUCCUUCCUUGCUUCUCUUAACGACUAAGUAUCUUAUUCUUCUUCUUUAUAAGCAGUUCAGGGUUCAUUUGACACACCAUACUACUCAAGAUUCAUUUGAUCAUUCCCAAUUUUGAUUGUUUUCAUUUUCUUUAAAGUAAAACCCAAAAUGGAUUUCUUCACCUACUACCUUUCUUCUUCUCAUUCUUCUUCAUCAUCUUCAUCUUCUAUACCUUUUGGGGUUUGGGUAGACAGAGUUGUAAACAUUUGCAGUUCUAUGGUUUCUACUGCUCUAGGAAACCUUUUUUCAGCGAUAUUCAUCUUCUUCUUUGCAGUGGUGGGUUCUCUUCUAGGAGCGGUGACCGGAGCUUUAAUAGGGCAAGAAACAGAAAGUGGUUUGUUUAGAGGAGCUGCAAUUGGAGCUAUAUCCGGUGCAGUUUUCUCGAUUGAUGUCUUUGAAUCAUCUCUUGUUAUUUGGCACUCUGACGAAACUGGAAUCGGGUGUCUACUCUAUUUGGUUGAUGUGAUCGGAAGCCUAUUGAGUGGAAAAUUAGUUCGGGAACAAAUGGGACCUGCAAUGCUAAGUGCAGUAACGAGUCAGAUGAGCUCAACUGAAACAACCUUUGAAGAAGUCUUAGACAUUUUUGAGACUGGUGGUGUCAAAGGGUUAACUGGUGAUUUAGUUGCCAAGAUUCCGAAAAUUGAAAUCACACGGAAGAACAAUGUGGAUGCCUCAGGAGACUGCAUUUGUUGCUCUGUAUGCAUUCAGGAUCUCCAACCGGGAGAAACAGUUCGGAGAUUGCCUCACUGUAACCACAUGUUUCAUCUGUCUUGUAUCGAUAAGUGGCUCAUCAAACAUGGUUCAUGUCCAUUAUGCAGAAGAGAUUUGUAGAAGUUUAUCCCUUGAGAGUUCCAUUUUUUUGGUCGAUUUACUACUCUUCUAAAUUAUGCGUAUUGAGAAGAUAUUUUUUUGUUUUUGGAUCGACGCGUCUUGAGGAAGUUCCUCUUCACUCAUUGUCGUUGACAUUCUAAUUUUUCUCUCUACCCUACCUUACUAUCUGUACAUACAGCGUCAUACAAGAUCAUGUUGAUCUACUUGUACCAUACAACGAUAUUAUGUAUAAAGGAUUUUGAGCUCAUGGGUUGGUUUGGCCA